AUUGAAAGUCCUGGGGGGGUGUUAGAAGAAGACCAGGAAAGUGGGCCGUAGAGCAUGAAGUCCGAGAGGAUCGAGGGAGGCAUCGCAUAAGGAGAGCAGAGGAAACCCCUCCCAUCACAGUCCAGAAGAAGGCGCGCAGCUGAGCUCCGAGAUUCUGCUUUGCUUCCCCCCCGCCUUCCUGUCCGUCAUGAAGCCCCUUGCUGUUCUGGCCGCGACUGCGGCAUUGGCCCCCCAUAGCGCCCUCGCCAGGUGGCUCUCUCGAGCCAACACCACCCCCGGAUGUGCCUUCACUCUCAGUUCGUCGGGGUCUUUUGUCUGUCCCGCCGGCCAGCUCGAAGACGGGCAGAUCCGUCUCAACGGCAGCUACCCAACAGCCACAUUCUACCUUGACCCCGAUGGCGGUAUCACGGACUCGGAUGGUUACGGGUGUAUUGUAACAGGAUCACCAACCACACAAAUCCAGUGUGAUCAGGGCAAGUCGCCCACGAGCGCUUUCUCCAUUGAUGCGUCCAAGAACCUGCUGUAUCAGGGCUCGCCCGACUUCUGGGCGUGCCCAGCCACAGACACCGAGUAUAACAUCUACGUCGAUCCCGAGUUCGGGCAGACCAAGUGCUUUCCCAUUGGCCUGAAGGCGAGCAGCUGCGGUCCUGCCGCUCCGACCUGCACUCCCCCAUCCACGGUAUGGGAGACACAGACGCAGACGGUCACCGUCAUAGUCACCAAUUCCCAGACUUGCUCUGCGGGACAGACCAGCACGACUUCCACGUCCUUGGAUACAGUGUGCCGACACUGCACGGGGACGAAAUCCUUGAUGAGCUCGAGUGAGAGCGGGAAUUUCACCAUCUUGCCCACCAGCACGGAAACGAGGACCCCUAUCAAUCCUAGUGACUCGGAAAUCUUCACCAUCCUACCGAUAAGCACCGACGGCGCAGGCACGAAGCGGAGCCCUUCUCCCGAACACGUCAAGAGGGCGCCCGGUGAGGGUGUGCUUUCUGGUGGUUCCCAUCAUCGCCUCUCCAGGCGGGACCUUUAUGAGGACUGGAACGCAGUCCGCGAAACCACGAGAAGUGGCGCUCGGGAGACUGCCGAGUUGAAAUGGGUCCGCACGGGACGGGUCCGAGAGUUUCCGUUGCAGCCCGGUCAGUCGCUCAAGAUCGGCACCGACUACUUCUACGGGUGCACUGUCUUUGUCGUUGUCGGCUCGCAGCGCAUCAUCUUUGGCCACAUAGCGCAGAUCGGCCCAACCGGGUGCGUCGAGUUCGAGGAGCGCGACGAGACCCAGUACGAGAUAAUCCCGCGCAUCACAAGCUUCCUUACGGAGGCCGGCACCUCGCUGGCGGACGUGUCUCCGCCGACUUGCCCCACCGAACGCUUCGCCUGGAUCAUGGGCACCGUCGCGGAUGACGAUCAGGGUUGGGACAGGGGCCCAGCCGCCCUCAAGGAGUGGAUGGUCGCAGAAGGCAUCCCGCCCGCAAACCUCCACUACAACCAAUACAAGGGCGGUUCGGGCGAGAUCGACGGUCCGCCCGGGGGAAUAUUUGGCAAGGCUCUCGUCACCGUGACGCCGGAGGCGGGCCCGGGGGCGGGGCAGCAGCGUUCAAUACUUCGCGUGUAUAUGACGAGCGAGGAACCCCGGAUAGAGCUGACCUUUAACAACCAAAACGGACAACUCGUCCUCGAUCCCAUCAUGAACGUUGCGAUCUCUUCGCUGACGACCGACGGCAACAAGCAGUACACAAAUAACCCGACCGAGUAAAGGACACCCCCUACAAGGCAUUUGUCCGUCAUGCCGUUGAAAUCGACCCAUCAGGGUGCUGGUCCUUUCCUAAGAUAUCGACGUCAGAAGAUGUAAGGUAGAUAAUAGGUACCUUAGCUAGGUAAUAUUACCGCUUCAAGAUUUCUG